AUGGACACGACAGCCAACAGUGCGGCUGAACCUGCGGCUGCCAAUGCCCAUGUGCCAAUUCGCUUCAACCGCGAGUCGUCGAGCGCCUCCACAGUAAAAGGCGACACCAGCAGCCCUACAUCUCAGCCAGCAACACAGACGUCGACUUCCAAGUCCUCGCCGCUAGCCUCCCGCGAAACCUCUCCCGGCCGCCCGCCUAUGCGCUCUGGAGCUCCCAGGGCUGCCUCUGCAGCUGGCAGCACGAGGUCACGCAAGAGCAGCUCGCAAGAAACCAGCCCCCAGCGAACAUCAUCAAAAACGACAGCUCCAAGUGCCUCGACUAGUGGCAAGAUAUCUUCUGCUACAACACCGAGCCUGGGUCCGGUUAACACUGAUGCGACUGCCCGUGUUGCAGCUCCUCAGAGAUCGCCAGUCACGGCCGAACACCUAAAAGAGUCACCACGUUGGCCAGUCUCUCCCCGGCUUCGCUCUCCACCCCCUACAUCCAUGUUGAAUCGUCCUAAUCUCCCGCCACCACGCAAGGGUGAACUGGAACCACCGGCAAUUCAAGUCCAGCGCUCAUCACCUCCCCCUCCACCGCAGCAACAACAACAGGACUCGAGCCAAAGCGACAACGACGGUGACGAGUCUCAUCUGCAGCCUGGAAUGAGGACGCCCGCACGCGGUGUGAGUGGCAGUAAUAGUACGACUGCCUUGGAAACCGUGGAGGAGGUUAGCCCUCUGGCCUCGCCCCAGGAAGGCGGGGGCGUUAUGGAAAAGGCGGAUGAUCUUACAGCGUCCGAGGCAGGGUCACAAGCCGACCAUCUUGAGUUCUCAAUUCAUGGCGCAGAAAAAUCACAGGCUCCGUCCACCACCAAUGACAGCAGCAGCGAGAGCGGGAGCGUGAAGGGCAACAGGAGGCGCACAUCCGCCAACGUGCCUCCAGUCUUGACGUCACGGCAAUCCAGUGCCUCUACCAAGAAAUCGAAACCGUCGGAAGGUUCUGUACAGCACAUGACGGUGGAAACCGAGACGGUGACUUCGAUACCGCAACAUUCUCUCGCCCCUGUGGCUGUGAAAGAGGGCACGAGUGGCACUCUGAGGACAAAGCCAAGCUCCGAGACGAUACGGCCCAAGAAGGAAAAGAAGAGGCCGAGCAGGAAACAGCCCAACAUUGGGUCUGGCACGGCGUCAUCCAAAGCAGAUAUCUUCGAGGCGAAAAUCGCCAGCGCUGUUGACGAGGCGGACUCUUCAGACUCUGAGGAGACCUUUGUCUAUGACUCUAACCCCCCAGACAACAAUGAUCGGCCCCGGCGGUUCCACUCGAGAACUCCAAGUGCGACUUCGAUGGUUAGCCAGGUCGACAGGAACGGCCUUCGCUCCAUCACCAACAUUAUGGACAACGCCGCUGCUAACGCUGGGACGAAGAGGAACAUGAAGUUUGUCAACACUUUCAAUAGCAGUGGAAAUGAAAGUGCGAUGGCAGAAGACGACGGCAAGGGCACGGCUCGUAGCGCUGCGGGCUCGGCUCGAGGCACAGGUCGCGUUCAUCACCAUCAUCUUGGCCGGUGGGGCCGCAACGGCACCAAUGGUCACACAUCCUUGUUCGACAACGAGGCCCCUUUUCACAUUAGCAACACGACAACCCAGCGCUCUAAAUUCUCAACGAACAGUAACAGCUCACGGCAGCCGUCUGGGCCGACAAGCCCAAGAUUUCUGAACUCUGGACGUAUAGCAUCCGCUGGGAAGCGAGGCAUGCACGCAGCCAGCUACGACCUAGACGACACCACUGGCACCGGAGCAGAUGAUGAGCGCACACCUCUACUUCACGGAUCUGUGCGAUCGUCCAGGUCAGGCAGAACACGUCGCGGCCAACCUGUAAUGCUACGCUCACUCGAAGGUCAAACGUAUCGGAGGAAUCCUUCCGUGCUGAACAGGUUCGCCAGCUGCCUCGUGCUCACCGUCAUGCUCUUGCUCGUAGUGUCUGGGGCUAUCGGCUUUAUGUUUGCAACCUCUCAGCCUCUGACAGACGUUGAGCUCAUUGCCAUCAAGAGUGUCGUCGCUGCCGAGCAGGAAUUGAUAUUCGACAUUGAAGUUAAAGCGCACAACCCCAAUGUAGUGAUCGUCUCAAUCGACCAGGCAGAUAUCGAGGUGUUUGCCAAGUCACCGCAUGCGGGCACCGAUUCAGGAUGGUGGCACAGGCCAGAUGACCACCAGGGUUCCGAUUCAAGGUGGUACUCGAACCAUGGCGACAUGCACGCCGGGGAAGAAUUUGAUGGCCCAGUAGACGAAAAGGCUCCCAACAUGAGACUGGGUACGAUUGGUCGACUCGACAGUGCUCUUUCAUUUGAGGGGUCCUUCUUCAACCACGGAUAUUCCGAUUCUACGGGCGAGGUUAGGCUACGCGCACCAGGCAAUGGUACCAUUGGUGGCACAGCGCGUUGGGAAAGAAUCUUGCAGGAUGAGUUCGAUCUGAUCGUCAAGGGCGUUUUGAAAUACUCGUUGCCCCUCAGCCAGCACGUUAGGAGCGCAGCAAUCUCCGGACGCACGACGAUCAAGCCUAAUGCUGCCAAUGACCCCACUGGGAACGGGACGGAACCCAUCACAAAGCCCAAGAAGCCGGAGUGA